UGUGCUAAUGACAAAUUUUAAUAAUACUACUCCACGCGUCGACCGGUUUAGAGCGCAGAUAUUUAUUGAUGGGCUCCCAUUAUUUAAUAGUUCAGCUAGGCAGCUUUGGCCAAUCCUAAUGAAGGUGAUGGAAUUACCGGAAGCACCGGUUAUGUUACUAGGGGUAUUUUGCGGUCAGACAAAGCCGGAUGAUGUGGAAGGUUUUUUGCGGCCCCUGGUAACAGAAGCUAACGGCCUACAAAAAAGAGGAUUGCAGUUCGGUGAAAAGAAUGUGCGAUUCAAAUUACACAUGUUUGUUGCCGAUUCCCUUACUCGUUGUUUUACCAAAGCUACGAUAAGUUACGUUGGCAGAAACAGCUGCUUGUAAUGUACUUGUGAAGGGACACAAGUAGGAAGCAAGAUUGUUUUUGAAGAUGCAGAUGCUCAGUUGCGUACUGAUUUAGGUUUUCGUGGAAGAGAGGACCAGAAACAUCAUAAAGCUUGGAAAUCGCCUCUAGAGGAUAUAGAUGAGCUUGAUAUGAUAAAGGAUAUAAUCAUUGCCGAUGGUUUACAUGUGAGAGAUUUAGGA